CAAGUCUGGUCGGGCUAUUUCGUUUCCAGAAACGGCCGUCCACCGUCGGAUGUAGGAUUCGAUUUGAUCGAUCGGUUCGCGUGUUGGUGUUCAUUGGCCGAGGGAACGUGGUCGGCAGCGUUCGGAGAGGACCGAAUUUAAGGGCGGGUCGAUCUCGUUGACUUCUGACGCAGAUCGUUCGGCCGGCCAUCGCCAUCUUCCGCUGCCCACCGGUAAUACGUUGGAGGCUAUACAGAGCAAAGUACCAUCGUGCGGGCGAACUCUGGGAGGUAGAAGAAGAAGAUAGGCGCACCGCUGCUUUGUAAUCGUCUCGUUUGUCAAUCAAUGUUCUCUGAGGUCCAUCAAGGUCAAGGUGGAGACGUAAGUUCGCCGAAGAUCUCCUCCGACAAGCAACGAAGGUUGUAGGCGAAGGCCUCGCCGCGGAAAAGAAAGGCUUGAGUUAAUCUGUUUGAUGAGCGGAAGCGGGUAAGCAACUGGAGCGUGCGCGUUCUUGGCGUCGCUGAACGAAGAAGAACGGAGGAGGACGAAGAAGCGGGAAAGAAGGACGAAGAAGAGGAGAGAAAAACGAAGAACAUCGCUCUUGAAAGCAUAUUUCAGAAGGGAAGGAGGAGGGUACAUAGAAACGAUAGUAAUAAACAGAGCGAGAGAAAACAGCCCCUUUGCCUGAGGGAAAAGGGACAGCGAGACAGUUCUCUCGCUCGGUGAAGAAGGGACGUGCAGGCAAGUCGUGCCGACCUACCAUAUCAGCGUAUUUCGAGAAGCGGAGCAGGGAGAGGGUACAGGGGAGGAGGAGGAGGAGGAGGGGGCAAGCGGAGGGGACAGAGGAAGGAAGGAAGGAAGGAGGAUAUGGCAGAGGGUGGGGGUUCGCGUUCAGGCGUUACGCGGAAAAGGAAUCGGCGAGCUGAAGGCGUUUCGGCCACCAAUCUGAAUGCUCUCGGUGGGCACAACUUUUCCCACUGUGGUUAUGGGACGAACACGUGGACUGCUGCGAAAUUCUGUCGAACGAGCCGGCGUAUUGCUCUGCUGCUCAUCCCGAUAUAUCUCUGUGUCUUUUUCCUUGGCCCAUGUGCAGUUAGCGGUAUGCGCGACACGUGGCAUGGGGCAUGGGCAGGAUCUAAUCCGCCUGGAGCGGGUUUUACUCGAGGAGGAACGCGAUACGACUCCUUCAAUGAAGGGCCGACAGUUAGUGCAAGCACCGUGAAGGCGGCCGCCGUGGCAGUCGAACCUAAUGCUACAGGUGAAACACCAACAGCUGCAAGAACAGCAGCACCAGGAGGAGAAGGAGGAGGAAAGCGGAAAGACGGGCGAAGUGGUGAUGCCGAAGCUGGGAAAGAAGAUAGCGUUGGCAGGGAGAUAGUGAUUACCAGUAAUAUGCAGGUGCUGGAAGAGUUCAAGGUUGCUGAUAAGCUAACAAUCAGAGGGGACCCGAAGCUGUGCCCGAACCGAGCAUGCAGCAUUAGUGCUAAUGCUGUUACGCGUGUGUUUCACGUCUAUGAGGGCGGAAGUUUGACGCUCAUUAACCUUGUGGUUACCAGAGGAUUCAGCCAUUUGAAUGGGGGCGCUGUCUUUCUGGAGGCAGGUGGCAAACUGAAUGCGACAGAAGUAGCGUUUAGUCGGAAUUCAGUUUGGGAUGGAAGUGGUGGGGCUGUGUAUGUUGCCCGAGGUGCAACAGCAGAUUUCACUCGCUGCCUGUUCAUUGCUAAUUCUGCGAUACGUGGCCAUGGAGGUGCAGCUUACAUCGGCCGCACUGGGAAGGCAACUAUAAAAGGCUGUGCUUUUGAAAAGAAUGCUGGGAAAUCGUCUCGGAAACAGGACAUCUAUGCGGCAAAAGCCUCGGCCGUAUCCCUGCAGUUUUGCCGCGACCUUAAGCCAUGGACUGCAGGAAUUGGAAACAUCAAAUUCGAGGAAAUCCCUGAGGGAGCAUGUGUGAAAUCUCCACCACAGCCAAUACGGGUGGUACGGCCAGUAGACAAUAUGGCACGUGCAGGCGAAGCUCGCUGACCUAUUCAGUACUGAAAAGACAAUUUCAUUCCUUUUGCUGUUUUACGCCGACACACACGAUGAUUUGCGAUUGAGGAGGGAACAUUUGGCAGAUUCAAUAAACAAAGCAUUCUCUAUUCCUUCCUUUCACGAGGGCAACUUUGGGGAGCAAGUUGGCUGCCAGCGCUGUCAUCACAGGUUUGAUUUGCGGAAAAGUAGAGCUGUGGUCUUUUGUAUUGAUCUUGCACAACAGGCAGAGCUGUCGUCGCAGAUUUGGUCUACCAGAUGAUGAUGGAUCCCGAAUUGAAAUCAACGGCACCCACCCACAUAUCUUCUUUGUUAUACAAACUCCUGAUAAGUCUACUGACAAGGCCAUUGCAGGCAGGGGGAGAUUAUGCUUCUGAAGGCCAUUUCGGGCAGGAUCUGUUUGUGUGAACCUUGCAAACAACAGACGAGACGGAUCAGAUGUUAAUUCAACAGAUAAGUGAGACCAAUCUGUUUCUUUGAUUACGUUAUGCGGAUUCUUAUCUCUUCAUCAGAGUCGGAGUGGAGCACGCUGCGUAAGUGAUACGGCCGGCAAUUCUCAAGCUUAAGCUGCUUCUUUUAUUACGUGAUGUGGACUCUGUUCUCUCUUCAUCAGCGUCAGAGUCGCACACACUGCGUAAGUGAUGGGACCAACAAUGCUGAAGCUUUACGUCUGAAAGCAAGUUUUGCACCAACUGGGAAAUGGCAUUUUGUAUUAAUCGCUCGCAUCGAACGCCCUGCAAACAACCUUUCCGUCACCGUCAUUACGAUAGCUUCUUCAACAACCAAUUAACACUUGUACAAACAGUUCCUCUAUCCCUUUUGCUGCGCCUACCAGGAUGGAUAGCUUCCAUUGUGUUUUUUUUUUUUUUUUUUUUUUCUGACGUAGACAUCCCCAAAAAGGAUGUAUUGAAGAACAAGAAUUAAUCCAACUACAGACUUAGGGGUGAGCUCCAUUGAGCUAUGUCUAAACAUAGGUGUCACAAUCCGACCCGCACUGUCCAGAGUUGAUUAUCUCAUCGUAUUGUGGCGUCAUAUCUCCCUGCAAAGGCUUAAGCAUAGUUUAGUUGGGGCUCGUCCCCUUAUGGCCGUGUAAAGCACCUCCUCU